ACAACACGUGCCGCUAGCUACAAAGCUAGGCUAAAUGUUCCAUAUCCACCAUUUGCUUAUUUUGUUGAAUUCUUACAAGAAAUGAGCAAGAUUCGAAAUGAUCCAGGAUUUCAAUAUGAAGGAUCCCUUUGUAACCCUGGACCAGUCCAAAACAGGAAAACCAAGAAUACUACAGUUCUGUCAUGUAAAACUGAAGUUGAACCAAACAAAUAUGUGGCUCCCAAAGGACAAAAGUACCCUAUUCAUAAUACAUACCACAACCUUAAAGAUUGUAAAACAUUUCGUUCCAAACCAUUAUCUGAAAGUAAGAAGAUUUUGAAAAACUCUGGAUUGUGUUUUCGUUGUUUGGACUCGAACCACUUAGCUCGUGACUGUAAAACAUUAGUGAAAUGUGAGAACUGUGAUAGUGAUACUCAUCAUACUGCUCUCCAUGAUUACAGAUUCAAACACUUGGAUCAAGGCGGGGAGAAAACCAAUCACGACAAGACAAAAUAAGUGUACCGUGAUAUGUGGAAUGAACUUUAAGGGCAAAUCGUGCUCUAAAACUAUUCUGGUCAACGUCUAUCCCACUGAUCGUUCAUUAGAGAAAAAGACUAUUUAUGCCAUAAUUGAUGACCAAAGUAGUCGUUCACUCGCUCGUUCACAAUUUUUUAAUAUGUUUGAUAUAAACACUGACUCUGUGACUUACACAUUAUCAUCAUGCAAUGGUUCUGUGACACUCACUGGCAGAUGUGCAUAAAACUUUAUCUUAGAACCAGUAUUAGAAGGAAACCAAAUUCAUCUACAGACUGUGAUAGAAUGUGAUAACAUACCCAACUGCAGAGAGGACAUUUCUACACCAGAUGUGGCGCGCGCAUAUCCUCAUCUAGCAGACUUAGCCACUCAUAUACCAGAUUUGAAUGAUGAUGCAGACAUUUUGUUACUCAUUGGAAGAGAUCAUCCAGAUGCUCACCAUGUUUUAACACGGAGAACUGGACCUCAUGGAGCUCCGUUUGCACAAAAACUAUCUAUAGGAUGGACAGUUAUAGGAGAGUGUUGUCUUGAUAAGGUACAUGUACCUACUAACAUUGUGACCAACAAAACACACAUUCUACCAUCAGGAAGAGGCUCGACAUUUCCAUCCUGUCCCUCUUACAUGCAUGUGUCUAAAGUUGUAGACAACCAAUUUUAUAGCGAGGAAAUAACGACUACUGAUAUAUUUUUGUGAAAACACCCCAGGACAAUGAACCAGGCCUGUCAGUGAAUGAUCGAGAAUUCCUAAAAAUUAUGGACAAUGAAUGUUACAGAGAUGAGAACGGAAACUGGACUGCUCCACUUCCAUUUAAGACCAGUAGAGAGAAACUUCCGAAUAAUCGUGAACAAGCCAUGAAAAGAACUUUGUCAUUUCUAGCUUCUUGUAAAAAUAACAAGUUGAAAUUGGAACACGCAAACUUGUUUAUGGACAAAGUGUUUUCUAAAGGACAUGCAGAAAAAGCAACAGAGCUUAAGGACGAGGAAGAUCGUUGGUUCCUACCAAUUUUUGGUGUCUACAAUCCCAAAAAGCCAAACCAAAUAUGCAUGGUUUUUUAUUCGUCCCCAGCCUUUCAGGGACACUCCCUUAAUUCUGUUCUACUAAGUGGUCCAGACUUAACCAACAGUCUACAUGGGAUUCUGUUACGAUUCAGAAAAGAAAAAAUAGCAGUGACAGGUGCCAUUGAACAAAUGUUUCACUCAUUCAAAAUUCGAGAGGACCACAGAAACUAUGUACGAUUUAUUUGGUUCACAGACAAUGACCCAACAUUACCUUUAAUGGAAUACCGUAUGUGUGUUCACCUAUUUGGAAACUCACCUUCUCCAGCAGUAGCAACGUAUUGUUUGAGACGAUGUGUUCAGAACAGAGAGUGUGACCCAAGAGUUUGUGAAUUCGUAGACAGAAACGUCUAUGUAGAUGAUGGUCUCGCAUCUUACCAAACGGAUGAAGAGGCACUAGAAAUCUUACAAAAACACAGACUACACUCAAAGAAGAAGGGAACUUGAGGUUUCAUAAGUUUGCAUCAAACAGUUCAUACAUCAUGGAUGUACUACCUCCAGACGACAGAGCUAAAGAUUUAUCUGACGUGGAUUUACACUUAAAUGUAGCGCCAUUUCAACGAAGUCUGGGACUCAUGUGGAAUGUAAUGUCCGACACAUUUACCUCUCAGUUUGUACCUAGGGUCAGGGACCCUCCGCUAACAAAGAGAGGAAUUCUUUCAUGUUUGAACAGUCUGUAUGAUCCACUCGGAUUUAUAGCUCCUGUGAUUCUGCAAGGCAGAGUCUUAUUUCGUGAAGUGAUAAACUUACCUGUUGGAUGGGACGACAUGGUUCCAAUGAAUAUCGCCAAUGGAUGGAGAACUUGGUGCAACACCUUAUACCAGCUGUCAAGUUUACAGAUUUCUAGAACUAUUGUUCCAACUUCCCUGGGAGAAAGUAAUCGAAAAGAGAUACACUUAUUCUCAGAUACUUCAGAGAAAGCCGUUUGUGCAGUGGCUUACUUACGUGUGAUAACGAUUGACAAUGCACGGAUACAGGUUGGAUUUUUGAUGGGAAAGUCAAAACUUUCACCCCAACUUGGUCACACAAUCCCCAGACUUGAGUUGUGUGCAGCAGUUUUGUGUACAGAACUUGCAGCAUUUGUUUUAAAACACAUAGACACCACUAUCCAUGAAGUGAAGUUCUAUACAGAUAGUCGUAUAGUCCUUGGAUACAUCUAUAACCAAACCAAACGUUUCCAUACUUACGUCACUAACCGAGUACAGCGUAUCCGUCAGCACUCAACUCCAAAGCAGUGGAACUAUAUUUCAUCUGAGGCAAAUCCUGCGGACAUCGGGAGCAGAGGAAUUUUUGCGAAUGAACUACCACACAGCAUGUGGCUUCAAGGACCCGUUUGUUUACAACAACAGAGUUAUCUAUUGGAAAAAGAGGAUUUUCCACUUAUUGACACAGAAAAAGACAACGAAAUUAGAAACAAUAACAUUGUUGCACAGAAAACGUGUUUAAACACCCAUGAAGUGUACAAGAGGAUAGAUAGAUUUUCUUCAUGGACAUCUAUAGUCAGACAAUUACUGUUCUCCGAAAAGUUGUGAUGAAGAAACCUGGUUUACCAUUGUUGGACCCUGUACACAUGAACCGUGCAACAGAACUGUUCUUAGUGAAACUCUGUCAAAAUGAAACAUUUCCUAUGGAAAUCGCAAACUUGGCCAAUGACAAACCAUUAUCUAAAGAUAGAUCGUUACGCUACCUGGAUCCUUACCUUCAUGAUGGAAUCAUACGACUAGGAGGGAGAAUUCGUACUGAAGAUGCUCUGUCUGAUGAACAUGGCCCAAUCAUUAUCCACGGGAAAACUUACCUAGCUCGUCUUCUUGUUCUACAUUGUCAUGAAGUUGUGAAGCAUCAGGGAAGACAUUUAACUAAGGGAGUUGUUCGUUCAUCCGGAUAUUGGGUGAUUGGUGGAAAGAGAUUAAUAUCAUCAAUCAUACAUUCAUGUGUUCGCAGAAAACUCCGAGGUAAACUGGAGCAUCAGAAGAUGGGAAAUCUUCCAGAAUGCCGCACAAAACCGUCACCUCCAUUUACCUAUGUGGGCGUGGACACAUUCUGACCAUGGGAGAUUACUACACGCAAAACCAGAGUAGGUUCAGCUAACAGCAAAUGCUGGGCUAUCUUAUUCACCUGUCUGACAUGUCGAGCCAUACAUAUAGAGUUAGUAGAAGAUAUGUCAUCACCUACGUUCAUCAACGCUCUCAGACGUUUCAUAGCGAUAAGAGGAAAAGUUACAGAAUUUCGUUCGGACAGAGGUACGAACUUUGUCGGCAGUGCAGACGCACUAGAAAUCACAGCAGUUAACAUAGAAAGUUCGCCAGUGAAGACAGUGGAUGCUCUUGGAUCUUCAACCCACCCCACUCUUCCCACAUGGGAGGGGUGUGGGAGAGGAUGAUUGGCAUCGCUCGACGAAUCUUGGAUUCUAUGCUUGUAAAGGAAACAAAGAAAAACCUUACUCAUGAUGUGUUAAAUACUCUCAUGGCAGAAGUUAGUGCAAUCAUAAAUAGUUGACCGAUAGUACCUGUAUCAACUGACCCAUUUCAACCCUCUGUGCUAUCUCCGUCUACCCUGUUAACAUAGAAGACCGAACUGGAUGUUGGACCAUUUGAGCCAUUUGAUAUCAAGGAUAUGUACAAAUCCCAUUGGAAAUACAUACAGAUCUUAGCCGACCAAUUCUGGAGGAAGUGGCGCUCACAAUAUCUUCAGUUAUUACAGUCCAGACGCAAGUGGGUCGACCCUCGGAACAAUCUUACUGAAGGUGAUGUCGUACUCUUGAAAGAUCAAGACUCUGUCAGGAACGAAUGGCCGAUGGGUAUUGUUGUACGUGUCUUUCCAGGUGAAGAUGGAAAAGUGCGCAAAAUCAAAUUACGUGUGGUGAAAAUUGGUCGUGUCGUCAACUAUGUUAGACCAGUUACAGAAGUGGUUUUACUGUUUUCACCGUAGAAACUGUUUGCGAUGUUGGACAUCGCAGGCGGGGAGUGUGCCGUUACACGGCUUAUAUGUAUAUAUGUUCGUAAACUGUUCUGUGUUAUUCCGUAUUUGUCCGUGUGAACUGUUUUAGUCUACCGUUUAUGUCCGUAUACUACUUGUGUUACUAUUCAGUGUUUCUCGUGCUUUCAACAACUCAACUGGCGCCUCUGCCGCACCACCGUUUUACCAUCAUGUUUUAAGACAUUAGAGCCACAAUAGAGUGAGUUAAUUAUGCUAAAUCAAUUUAAUGUACAUUUUAUUUAUAUAAAUUCAGCUAUGAAAUAUUUCUUUGUGUAAAUUUAACUUUAAACUUGCAAAAUUCAGUGUCAAUGUUAGUGAUGUGUAUUCAGUCUUGUUUUGUUCUUGUUUUGUAGCCUUUAUCGUAAUAUCAUCUAUAUGUCAUCCUAAA